UCCCUGAUAUUACCAAACAGUGAGUGGCUAAGAGCGAUGAGUCGUCGUCUCUAAUAUCUGCGCGCGAGCGAGGUGAGAGAAUGUUGACUUCUACUUCCACUUGAAGGGGCGAGCCGAACUCCAACGUACAGGACGCGGCGGAGCGAUCAUGAAUCCUCCGAGUACCGGCGGCUCGGGUGCGCCGCCUCUGGAGUGGAAGCUCUGCCAGGUGUUCGGCGAGCGAUCUCCCGCAGAGGAAGUUCCCGGCGAUGACGUCAUAUCUUCGGUUGAGUUCGAUAAGACCGGGAAUCACCUUGCUGUCGGCGACCGUGGUGGCCGUGUCAUCAUGUUCAAGAGAAAGGACGGAAAAGAUAUUACUCAUGCUUCGAAUCAGCGCCAUCUUCGGAGUCAGUUGGAGCGGUUGGAUUCUGGCUUCACAUGGCAGCCCGAGUAUCAGUACAUGACUGAAUUUCAGAGUCACGAGCCUGAGUUCGAUUAUUUGAAGAGCCUGGAAAUUGAAGAGAAAAUCAAUAAAGUUAAAUGGUGUCCAAUGCCCAAUGGAUCCCUUUUCAUGCUUUCGACCAAUGACAAGACGAUUAAACUCUGGAAGGUAAAGGAACGUAAGAUGAAGAAAGUGAGAGAAAAGCAUCUCAAUCCAUAUAUUUGUCCAGAGAAUGCAGUAUUGGCAGAAAGAAGUUACUUGAGUGAUCAAGAGAAUAUUAAUUUUGACAAUGGCUAUCAUGCUGAAUUGACAGAGAAAAUAGCUCUGCAAAAGUUGCCUCUGCAUGAACUUCCGGGGAUUGCUGAUAAUAGCGAUGAUGCUUUUGCACGAUGCCGAAAGAUUUACGCUCGUGCUCAUGAUUUCAACAUAAACUCAGUUUCGAAUAACAGUGAUGGCGAGACCUUUAUUUCUGCUGAUGACCUUAGAAUUAAUUUGUGGAACAUGGAGAUCAGUAGUCAAUGUUUCAAUAUAGUUGACAUAAAACCAACGAAUAUGGAGGAUUUGACUGAGGUGAUAACUUCAGCUCAGUUCCAUCCGGUUCACUGUAAUCUGCUUGCUUACAGCAGUUCAAGAGGUUUUAUCCGUUUAGUUGAUAUGCGGCAAUCAGCCAUAUGUGAUCAUAGUGCAAGGAUCUUACAGGAUGGAGAACAGUGUGGUUCUAAAUCAUUUUUCACAGAGAUCAUUGCAUCAAUCUCAGACAUAAAAUUUGCAGCUGAUGGCCGGUACCUUAUGAGUCGUGAUUACUUAAACUUAAAGCUUUGGGAUUUGCAUAUGGGUUCUAAACCAGUUGCAACAUUCAAAGUUCAUGAGCAUCUUCACACAAGGCUGUCUGAUUUGUAUGACAAUGACUCCAUAUUCGAUAAAUUUGACUGCUGCCUAAGUGGAGACGGGCUUCAUUUUGCCACUGGUUCAUAUAGCUAUCUCCUACGCAUUUUUUCUCAAGGUUUUGGGAGUGAAGAAGGGGUCACGGUUGGUUCUCGUAAAAAUCCGAGCAGGUUGUCUCUGCCUGCUGCUCCAAGGUCGAGGAGGUCAUCAAUAAGCAACUUAGCGCGUGGGUUUUACCGGCAAGCGCACGAAAAUUCGAGCUCAUUUGCCAUUGAUACUCCUUGUGACCUGAAGCAGAAGUUGCUGCAUUUGGCAUGGCAUCCAACUGAAAAUCUGAUUGCUUGCGCUGCUGGCAGCAGCCUGUUCAUGUACUGUGCAUGAACUCCUUUGACCAUCAGGAAGCAGCGAAAGAGAAGAUCUUGUUUCAUCAAUACCUCAGGAGGUUGGUUCUUCCGUUCUGGUCCCACGUCCAAUAUUGACUCGUCAUUUAUUUGGCAGCGUCCCCGGUCCCAAGGACCUGCACGGGGUCGUGAGUUUUGUGUGUGUGCUGUAAUUAGCUGCAUGCGUUGGUGUUUGGGUACGCUAGUGUAGGAAAAGCUAGAACUGGAACUCGUUCUCGGUCGGCACAUGAGCGGCGAGAUUGCGUAAUUUGCAGUCUCAAUUGUAUAAUCCCUUCACUGACCGAGGGAACCAUAAAAGUGGCACCUUGCUGACGAUAAUGGACAUGCUCAG